AUGGCUGUCAUUGGAAACUUCAUACCUGUUGUCACGCGGAAUUUUCGUUUGCCUUUGCGAAAUUCUAUAUUUACAAAGAAUUAUCGGCAGUAUUCCAUUCCAGUAACUAAAAUUGCUAUUCGGUGUUGUAACACACUUGAUAGAAAAUUACAAGUUGCAUCUCCAACCUCCCAAAUUAGACUACAGAGAGUUCAUAAUCAAUCUCAAGUAAUGGGUCCGCUGAGUCCAUUAGAUCCAUCAUCUUUCUCUAGACCAGAGUUAGCUGUUAUCAAGCAUAUUGACUUAUCUUUAAAAGUAGACUUUGAGAAGAAAGUUCUUAAAGGCAUUGCUAAUUUGAAAGUUGAAGUUUUGGAUAAUAUUGAAGAACUGGUUUUAGACUCAAGUGACAUAUCUAUAGAGUCAGUAGAAUCGGAGGAUGGUACUCCACUGAAGUAUACUCUGGGUGAGGUGGUACCAAAUUAUGGUUCCAAGCUGUCUAUUACACUUCCGGAACCUGGAGUUUCGGGGCAAAAGUUGAACAUUAAGAUCAAGUACACCACUUCGCCCUCUGCAACUGCUCUGCAAUGGCUGGAGCCGAACCAAACUUCUGGAAAGAAACACCCUUACUUGUUCAGCCAAUGUCAGCCAAUCCACGCACGCUCCAUCGUGCCAUGCCAGGACACGCCGGCUGUGAAGUUCACAUAUACAGCGGAGGUGUCAGCACCUGAAGAGUUUACUGUGCUAAUGAGUGCCAUUAGAGGAGAGAGUAAAGUGGACAAGACGACGUUUAAACAGCCUGUGCCGAUACCGGCGUACCUACUGGCUAUAGCCGUCGCUGUGUUGGAGUCCAGGCAGCUUGGGCCCAGGUCCCACGUGUGGUCGGAGAAAGCCGAGAUCGAGCGCAGCGCGUUCGAGUUUGCGGAAACUGAGAAGUAUUUACAAGCGGCGGAACGGCUGUGCGGGCCGUACGUGUGGACGCAGUAUGACCUGCUAGUGCUGCCCCCUUCCUUCCCGUAUGGGGGCAUGGAGAACCCCUGUUUGACGUUUGUGACCCCUACGCUGUUGGCAGGAGACAGGAGUCAGGCUGAUGUGAUAGUCCAUGAGAUCAUGCACAGCUGGACCGGAAAUCUGGUCACAAACAGGAACUUCGAACAUUUCUGGCUGAACGAGGGAUUCACGGUGUUCCUAGAGAGAAAAGUCGGCGCUUCUCUCAUCGAAAACGCCGAGGAGGCGAAAAAGAGCAGAGAUUUCCACAGUAUUCUUGGUUUGCAGGAGUUGAAUGAAACUAUCUGCGACACUCUCGGAGUUGAGAGUCCACUAACUCGGUUAGUCCCCGACUUAAGUUCCACUCAUCCUGAUGACGCCUUCUCCAGGGUACCCUACGAGAAGGGCUCACUCUUCCUCCGGUACUUAGAAGAUCUAGUAGGAGGUCCCGAGGUGUUCGAUGACUUCCUUAGAUCAUACCUGAACAAGUUCGCGAGAAAGUCGCUGGACACGGAUCAGUUUAAGGAGCAUCUACUGACGUACUUCAAAGACAAUAAGAACUUGUCGAAUGUGGACUGGAACACGUGGUUACAUAAGAGUGGAAUGCCGCCCAUCAUACCUGACUACGACACAUCAAUGACGAAAGCGGUCACCAGUUUACUAUCGAAGCUCACCGAAGGCGACGCUGCUCUGGACUACUCCGACGUGAAAGCAUUCACACCCCACCAGAUGAUCAACUUCCUUCAAGAGCUGAUAGACAGAGACGCACUGCCUCUAGAAACCCUGAGAGCUCUCGGAGAUGUGUACAAAGUGGCAAGCAGCAAGAACGCCGAAAUUAUAUACAGAUGGUUAAGACUGUGUAUCAAGAGCAAAGACGAGGCUAAACUAAACGAAGUAUUCGCGUUUGUUAACCAACAAGGGCGUAUGAAGUAUGUCAGACCGAUCUAUAGAGAUCUAUACGCUUGGGAAGAUGUCAGAGAGAAGACUAUAGAGAAUUUCCUCAAAAACGAGAAAUACAUGAUGCAUGUGUCAGCGUAUACUUUGAGGAAAGAUUUGCAUUUGACCCAGUAAAUUUUACAAUUUUGAAUCAAUAUAUUUUUAUAGCCGGCAUUUUUAUGUAUUGAUGAAUACAAAUUGUUGAA